CCUUAUCAUUCAUCAAACUUCAAUAUCAUCAUUCAUUCUCCCCUUAAUUCCAUAACAAAAAACAAGCCUAUAUAUAUAUAUGUAUUUCUAGUGAAGCUGAAAAUGGAGAUAAAGAUGAAGAGAUAUGCAGUGUUAUUAUGUGCAGAGGACUCAGAAUACAUAAAGAAAGUACAUGGGGGGUAUUUCCAAGUUUUCAAAAGUUUACUUGGUGAUGAAGAUCAAGGAGCUUGUAAUGAUGAUCAUCAAGAGAUUUGGGACUCCUACAAAGCUUCAAAUGGUGAACUACCAAAAGACGACGAUGAGAUCGCAAAAUACGACGGAUUCAUUAUCACCGGUAGCAUUCAUGAUGCUCAUGGCAAUGAUUUAUGGGUUCUUGAACUCAUUCAUCUCUUGAAAAAACUCGAUUUUAUGAAGAAGAAAGUGCUUGGUAUUUGUUUCGGUCAUCAGAUUUUAUGUAGAGCAUUGGGAGGUAAAAUAGGCAAGGCUGAGCAUGGAUGGGAUUUGGGUGCCACCACAAUCAACUUCACAACCAAGAACACACCUUCUCUUGUCAUCAUGGAAUGCCAUCGAGAUGAGAUUUGGGAGCUACCAGCAAAAGCGGAAUUGUUGGCAUGGUCGGAAAAGACCCGGGUGGAGAUGUUUAAAUAUGGCGAACAUAUAAUGGGCAUUCAAGGUCACCCGGAAUACACUAAAGACAUUGUUUUGCAUAUCAUCGGUCGUCUACUUAACAGUAAUGUCAUUCAGACUUGGCAAGCAGAUGCAGCAAAGUUAAAGUUAGAAGAUAGAGAACCAGAUCAAGAAGCAUGGAAGAAGCUUUGCAAGGGAUUUCUUAAGGGCUAAGUACCUACUUUAAUCAACAAAAUUUCAGCAUUGAUAUGUGUGUGUAUAUAUAUAUUUGUAUGUAUUUUUAUAUUAUUUAAUCAAAUAAAAAGAGGGUGAAGUUUCAUUUAACGUUGGAUGUUUUUUCAUGACCUCUGUACGCAAUUGGAUGAGCUUCUUCAUUCUACAG